AUGACAGGUGCUAGAGCGGUGAAGCAGUGGGAGAUCAGGCCCACGUCUGCUCUACGGGGGAUCAGACGCACCAGGGCCCUGAUGUGGCAGCGGAUCCGGGGACUGGUCCGGGCCUUCCGACAUGGUGUGGGAUACCCAGUGAACUACAAUGACCCGGCCCCAGAGGAACAGGAGAUGGUAUGCCUUGAGCCCAUGGGAUCAGAGCGGAUGGAGAUGCGAAAGAGGCAGAUGUCGGUGCAGCAAGAGUCGGCAGCGGGGGGAACUGCACCGGCCCAGCCGGGCCAGCCGGGCCAGCCGGGCCAGGCGGGCCAGCCGGGCCAAGCGGGCCAGGCGGGCCAGGCCAACCCACGGGGAUCAAAUGCAUGUUGCUUCUGCUGGUGCUGCUGCUGUAGCUGUUCCUGGAAUGAAGACCGGGAUGAAAGGAACCGAAAGGCUUCUUAUGACGUCCAUGAAGGGACCGCAGACUGUGAAGACUGCCCGAAGCCCACGCUGGAGGAGGUGUGCUCGUGGGGGCAGUCGUUUGACAAGCUAAUGUGUUGCCCAGCGGGGAGGAACUCCUUCCGGCAAUUUCUUCGCACCGAGUUCAGCGAAGAGAACAUGCUCUUCUGGUUAGCCUGUGAGGAGUUCAGCAAAGACGCCAAUAAGACUCCGGUAGAGGACAGGGCUCGUGUCAUCUAUGAGGACUACAUCUCCAUUCUCUCGCCUAAAGAGGUGAGCCUUGACUCCCGUGUGCGUGAGUCGAUCAACAGGAACAUGCAGGAACCCAACUUGCAGACGUUCGAAGAUGCCCAGCUGCAGAUCUACACACUAAUGCAAAGAGACUCAUAUCCCCGCUACAUGAACUCCCAAACCUACAAAAACCUGCUCAACACUCUGUCAGAGCAGUCCCCCGAACCGUAG